ACCCCAGACGCCGGACCCAGAACCCAGACCCCAGACCCCAGACUCCAGACCCCAGACCCCAGAACCCGGACCCAGACCCCAGAGCCCGGACCCCGGAACAGACCGCAGACCCCAGAUACCAGACCCAGACCCAGGCCCCGGACCCCAGACGCCAGACCCCGGACUGCAGACUGCGGACCCAGACGCAGACCCCGGACCCCGGAACCAGAUCCCGGACAACAGACCCCGGACCCGGACCCCGGACCACGGACCAUGGACCCUGGACCCAGACCCAGACCACGGACCCAGACCCUGGACUCUGGACCCAAACCCCAGACCCGGAAAACAGACCCCGGACCCUGCACCCAGACCCCGGACCCGGACCCCAGACCCAAACUCACACCACGGACCUCAGACUCCAGACCUCAGACGCCGGACCCCGGACCCAAACACCAGACCCAGACCACAGACCCCGGACCCAGACCCUGGACCAGAGUCUAGACCCUAGACCCCAGACCCCAGACGUUGGACCUAGGCCCGGAUCCCGGACCCAGACCCCAGACCCCAGAUCCCAGACCCCGGACCCAGACCCCAGAGCCCGGACCCCGGAACAGAUCUCAGACCCCAGAUACCAGACCCAGACCCCAGGCCCCGGACCCCAGACGCCAGACCCCGGACUGCAGACUGCGGACCCCGGACUGCAGACCCGGACCCCGGAACCAGAUCCCGGACAACAGACCCCGGACCCGGACCCCGGACCACGGACCAUGGAACCUGGACCCAGACCCAGACCACGGACCCAGACCCUGGACUCUGGACCCAAACCCCGGACCCGGACAACAGACCCCGGACCCCGGACCCAGAUCCACACCCCAGACACCAGACCCCAGACCCCAGACCCCGGACAACAGACCCCAGACCACGGACCCCAGACCCUGGUCCCGGACCCAGACCCCAGACCCAAACUCACACCACGGACCCCAGACUCCAGACCCCAGACGCCGGACCCCGGACCCAGAACCAAAACCCUUGACCCCAGACCGCAGACCCCCGACCCCGGACCCAG